UGUUUUUUUGCCACUUCUUUUGGAAACUUUGUGCUGGAUGGUGAUAUCUGAGCUUUGAUGAAACAACACAAAGAAAGAAAAGGUGGAUUAUUUUGUUUUUGUUUUUAAAAUGAAAAGACAUGUACAUUUUGCACAUAUAAAGAUGUAUGCUGUGCUGUGUUGGAUCGUAAUACUGUGCUGUUGGCAGGAAACCCAAGCCAAAUUUAACAUCUCUAUGUUGAACAGAACCAGAGUGGCACUAGCAGGAGACGUUCUUGACUUCCACCUGUCAGUGGCAAUUCCAGCAAACUACAGCUCGAGCCUUUUAUGCUUCACUCAGAACAGGCAAAUUUGGAGUACAAAUCUUAAAAGUGAUUUUUCUGACAAAAGCGUGUCGGUGAAAGCACAAAUCAAAAUGCACAACAGCUCCAGUUCUGGCAAUUACUACUUUCGUAAUGCAUUAGUAAAGCAUGGGCAAAUUUUGGAAGUGCAUUGGGUGGUUCAUGUGAGAGAUAAAGGUUAUGAGGAGCCAAAUGAGGAGUUAGAAGAUGACAUCAUCACAAUGAUGGCUUUCUCGGGAAUUCUUCUCAUCUUCAGUGUUGCCGGCUCACUUUACAUAUUAAAGAGCUACAAGGAUCAACCGCCUUGUAGAGAUGACAAAAAUGUAGUAGCAGAGCAGAGACCCGAGGAUAGCAACGAUGUGAUGUUGGAUGAGGAUCCUGCAUCUGCAUCACUCUACACAGCGCUACAACACAGAUCAAGCUCCAUUUAUGAUUCUCUGAAUCCAGAGAUUAUGAUGCAUGAAGAAAACACAAGGGAGAAAAAUUCAGAUAAAAAGCACUGCGAAGCCCAAGAAGAAGUAUUUGAUUCUGUUUAUGAAAACCUGUGAAGGAAUCAAUGAAUGAAUUAAUUUUACUAGCUAGAAUGUACUUAGUGUCAAAUAAAUA